CUGACUCUUACCCCACAGAAACCGACCAUCCAGCUCACAGCUCGUAGCCCGGAUUUCACAACCGCCCAAAUGCCCACCACAGAAGAAGUCUACUCGACUGCCAAUACCCCUUCUCUUCCGGAGCACAUCCAAACCCAGGCCAUCAAGGUUUGCUCGCGCUGUCGCUGCCCGCUGUCGCUCGACUCGACAGACUCGACUCCUUCCGUUUUUGUUGACGACCAGGAUGCCAACAUUAUCUGUGUGACAUGUCGCGAGAGGGCACCCUGUUCCCCACCCAAUUCCUCCAUCGAUUUUUUCACCAAUAUAGAUGCACCUUUCUCUCGGAACCUGCCUCGCAAUGUCCACCCCCAAUUUCAUUCCAACCGUCAUUUCGCAGUCCCUGACGCCGUGUUCGACGAAGAUACUGAUAUGGAUUCAUCUCCCGCUUCAAGUCUCCUGCUCUCACCAUCUUUGCCAGCACCCACACAUCUUCAUUCCCAUAGCGCAUCUACCAAUGCGGUCGCUGCCUCUACUAAGUAUCCAUCCUCUGCUGACAUCGAUGAGGAUGCCGGGAUACUUUCCAGGGCAAAGCUACAUCAACAGAAUGAUCUUGUCCCUCAUGAUUCCUUUCAACCUCGCUCGCGAAUUCAGUAUUCCUCCCCCGAUCCUUUGGCUGAUAUCACCCGCAUUCGAGUGCGUUCUCAGAGACACCACUGCUUGUACCCUGGGGCAGUAUUUCAAGGAACACAAAAGAGUGGACGGAAUAGUUACGAUGUAACUGUCAAUAUCGUAGACGUUGACUUCUCCUCUUCCUUCCUUUGCGGCUAUCUCUGCAUCAGAGGAUUAACAGAUGACUGGCCAGAACUUACGACAUACUUUGAUGCUGAAAUAAUAGGCAGUCGUUAUGGGUUUUUAACUCAAAACUGGGGCGCGAACGAACAGGAGGACAUGGUCCAUUGGCAACGCUUUCCCGCUUUCAGACACGUCAAGAAUGAGCUCCGGAAGCCUCAUCUCACCGUACCUGACAGAGACCGGGGUGCCGUCUUUAUGCGAUGGAAGGAGAAGUUUUUAGUCCCAGAUCAUCGUGUACAGGACAUCAAUGGGGCUAGCUUCGCAGGAUUCUACUAUGUCUGUGUAGAUUUCAACCACCAAACUUCUUCCAUGCCUUUGUGCCCUGUCCCUCAAUCUGCACCCCUGUCAGGAGACGAGCAUGAUUUAGCGAUGGCCAUGCCUCCACCUAAGCCAGAGACCUACUCUCCCGUGCGUCGUCGAAGAGAUUCCAGCGUUCGUCGCAACGGAAGAGGCACUUCCAGUGGACCCCGUUCCCCCCCUGUGGCAACCAUGAGCGGGUUCUACUUCCAUCAGAAUUCAGAACCAUAUCAGCAACUGACGCUGUCUCAUAUUUCGGAGCGCAGCAAUUCAAGCUUUGAGUUCCGAUGAAAGUUUAUCUGAGCUAUUCCCGUAUAUUCUUCGCGCGUUUUAUGCGAGUUUGCGCCGCUGUCCUUCUGUCACCUCUUACCCCCCUUCACCUUCCUUCGCAUCCUUUCAUGGUAAUACUCCACGUGUAUAAUGCAUAUGUGCUGAUUCGCCUGCGCAUGCCUCAAUAUUAUCUAUCAAGUU